GCUGGCUGCGCCGUGGCGAAAAAACGUGCACACAUCACUGACAAACAAACCGACCCAAACGCUGAGAGAAAGCACUCGGCGGUUUUUCACGAGCGGUGCGUCGAAAAAAACACCAGAUAAGUAGCGUUUGAGGCAUUCGUGAAGGGAACGCGGCAUGCACGCAUGCAUUAAUGUGCGCGUGCAGAUAUUUGGAGACGUUGGAGGUUUUCGAGGAAUUAAAAGUGGACUAAUGGAGAUGCCGACAAACUGAGGGGCUGGGCUGUGAGUGACUGCAUUGUUGCAUGUUUCCUGGGAUGGAAUAAUUUCCCUCCUCAUUCAUCAAAGGAAUUAUCAAAAGACUCCUCUUUUCUGUCUCAAUGUUGCUUGAAGGCAGAGAGAUGGACUGCAUCGGGAACACCAUGCAGAAGAAGGCUGCAGAGCUGGAGCGGCUGGCCGAGGUGCUCGUCACCGGAGAACAGCUGAGGCUGCGGCUCCAUGAGGCGAAAGUGAUCAAGGAUCGGCGGCACCACCUGCGUACUUACCCAAACUGCUUUGUGGCCAAGGAGCUCAUUGAUUGGCUCAUCGAACACAAGGAGGCCUCGGACCGAGACACGGCGAUCAAGAUCAUACAGAAACUCUUAGACAAGAGCAUCAUUCACCACGUGUGUGACGAGCACCGGGAGUUCAAAGACCUGAAGCUGUUUUACCGCUUCCGGAAAGAUGACGGCACAUUCCCGUUGGACAGUGAAGCCAAAGUCUUCAUGAGGGGGCAGAGGAUCUAUGAGAAGCUGAUGAACACAGAAAACACCUUGUUACAAACCAGAGAGGAGGAGAACGGGACAUUUGAGCGGGCGCUGGUGGCCGCUGAGUUCAUCGACUGGCUGCUACAGGAGGGCGAGAUGGCAACCAGGGAGGAGGCAGGGCAGCUGGGACGGAGGCUUCUCGAACAUGGCAUCAUCCAGCAUGUAACCUACAAGCACCACUUUGUCGACGGGCCCCUCCUCUACCAGUUCAGGAUGAAUUUCCGGCGUCGACGGCGGCUGAUCGAACUCCUUCACGAGCGCAGCCGCAGCAUCCCAGAGAGUCACGACAGUCCCUUCUGUCUCCGCAAACAGAACUCAGAUGGAGGCAACACCAGCUUCCUCUCAGUGAGUCCCACUAAAGAGAUUAAGGUGGUGGUCGGAGUUCGGCGGAGCAGCAUGAGCAGCAGCUGUAGCAGCAGCGGUUAUUACAGCAGCAGUCCUACGCUCGGCAGCAGUCCACCUGUCCUUUGCAACCCCAAGUCUGUUCUGAAAAGACAAGUGAGUCCAGAGGAGCUGCAGACACCAGGAGGACUUUUCGUUAAGAAGACAGUCACUAUUGUAGGUGAUGCUGUGGGCUGGGGCUUUGUGGUGCGAGGCAGCAAACCCUGUCACAUCCAGGCUGUGGACCCUGGUGGACCUGCAGCAGCUGCUGGCAUGAAGGUGUGUCACUUCGUGGUGUCGGUGAACGGACGCAACGUCCUCUCUCAGGACUACCGGACCGUCAGCAGCCUGAUCCUGACCGGAGCCAGGACAAUAGUCAUGGAGGUGAUGGAGGAGGCAUAAGUUUGAGCAGAGCCGUGACAGAAUCCCUCAUAGAUGAGUAGUGCAGUAAUAACACGGGGACUAGAAGGUUUAGGACUUGACCUCCUAACCACAGCGACAGAGUAACGUGGACGACUUGAAACACGACUCGCACUCUUUCUGUUCCAAUGAUGUUUGGACAAGGUGGAUGACUGAGAGACGGUGUGUUUAAGAAGGUAUACGAGUCAAGUAAAUUAUUCAACCUGUAGACAAAACAUGCAAGGUUGGGCUUGAUUGAGUUUUCUUUGGAUUUAGAGGCAUAAAAGAGUCAACACUUCUACAGAUGGUGAUCCAACUGCUUCAAUGAGCUCACAAAGGCUCUCAGUCCUAAUGAAAGGACGAGAGGUGAGCUUUGUCAUUAAAACCAGGAGAUGAACAAGUACAAUCUGACAAAUGUAACAAAAAGGAAGAGUAUUUUAUAUGUCGACAGUCAUUGACCUCUCCCCCAGUUAGUGUCCAACCAUGGACUUAAGCUCCUGAUGGCUCAACACUGCCCUCUGCUGGGAGAGACAGGGCGACACAGAGAGGGAGCAUUUAUACUACAGCUACAGUCCGUAAAUCACAAGUCUGGUUUCAGGGUGUUUUUUCCUGUUUGGGCAACCAGUGUGUCGAAUAGAAAAAAAUACAGAUUUCUACCCUUGUCGUGUGAAAAACAAAUGUAAAAAUGAUUCGAUGCCCAGGUAGAUAUAUAGCUGCUAGGAAUUAGUUUGCGUGAUGAAAUGUAUGUGACAUUAACGGGCACAAUGUAUAUAGAACAGUUACUAAAGACUGAACGCACAAGCCAACUGAGGAGGUACUGCUUUAGAAGAAUGGUGUUUAUCAGAUAAACUACAGCAAUGGGAACAUCUUGGAGACCUGAUACAUAUUAUUUAAAGGAUAAAUUACCCCUUAUUUUUUGUUUUUUUAAGAUGACACAUGCAAACAAGAAACUUCCACUUUGACAUAAGAUGUCAUUAUUUGUAAAGACACGUCAGAGUGCAAAUCUUCUCUCUCAACAUGUUUACAAUUUAAGGAAAGAUUUGAGAAACAUUUCUAAGACGUGUUGCAUUUAUUGCCAAAAAACUAGGUGUUUCAUUCCAGUGGAAAUGCCAAAUAAUUACUAAACUACAAUUAGUUAGUGUCAUGUGCUGCCAACCAGAUUUAAUUGGGAAUCAAGAUGUCCUUGUAGCAAAGAGUAGAUUCUGUUGAUAAUAUAUAUAUUAUAUUUUAUAUUCUUUUAUGUUUUAAGAAUUAAAGGGGAGGAUUACUAUAUGAGCACUUGACCUAUUACACUUUUGUUUUGUAUUGACAAAAGCACUUAGGUGACAAAAGCUUGCUAUUUAAAAACAGAAUUUGAAUAUGUAUAUGCAUAUAUACAUACCUAUACUGUAUGGGAGCACAGAUUCUGGAAAUAUCUUGUCAAUAUACUGGAAUGGCAGCAACAGAACCUCCACAAAUUAAUUGUUUCUUUAUUAUUAUUUGAUUGAAAUUACCCUUUAAUGUGGUUAGCUGGACUUAAGAAGGCUUAAAGUUGAUAUAAAUAGAUUUGUAUCUCAUUAGCCUCCAAAAUAUCAUCAGAAUUGACUAUUUGUAUACACUGUGCCACCAUGUGCUUAGACAUACUAGCAUGAGAAGAUCAAAUUGAAAACUAUAUGGUAACAAAAAAGUAGAGCAUGGAUUAGUGAUGCUCAAGUUGCUUAUACAGUAUGUGUCUGUAAUCUAUGUUUAACUCCUGAGUAAACACUUGUUUCUAUAUCGUAUAGGCUUCUCCCCGAAGAGCUGUCGCUAUUGGGUUUGUCCUUGCAGGUAUUUGCAAACGUAAAGAUUUAUUGCGUGCCCGUAAAUGAAAGACGUGCACAGUCGGGGCCUCCCCGCCUUAUAAUGUGUGGAAGUUACAGUCUGUGAACUGUUGUAUGUUUUCUGCUUGGGGACAUUGGUGUCACAGUGACGAUAUCAGCUUCACCUUUUAUCCAAUAGCAACAGCUCUAAGAGGGCCAAGCCCAUACAACACGAAACGUUAGUGACCAUUUGUAACUCCAGAUACGAGUGUCGACGUAGCCCUCCAAGCUGUGGGCCCCUCUGGUUCCGCCUUCGGUCACUGAAGAAAUAAAGGUUCAAAUUGGGAGCAGAACUAUGGACGCGAGUGCGGAUGUAAGGUUGGGCCGUGCAGAGCACAAGGGCGCCAAAACAAUCAUCAAGACUGCGCCUGUGCAUGGGGAUGAACCCAACUGCUACAACUCUUGGAGGGCUACGCCUUCACCCCAAAAAGUUACAAUCCAUAACUUAACAUUACUUGUUUGUUUUAGACAACACAACACUGCCUGGUUCAUUGAAUUUUUACUAAAUUUAGUCCUGAAGAGAAGUUAUUACUGAAUACAAAUGCAGGAAACUUUUUCUGUUCAACAUGAACAUAUAUUCAGGAAAUCUUUAUUGCCAAACAGUAGAAUUAACCCACGGCGUACGUCACAGUGAACUGCCUGCAAGUCUCCGAAGUCAGUUGUUCGGUGGGCGUCUCAUUUGUUGUUCCUCAAUGUGCUUCGGUGUUGUACGCAGUGAAAUGCAUGAUUCCUGUAAAUCUGUGCUUCUGUCGGCAUUCGGCUUCUAAUCCAAAGCGCUUCUUCAGUCUCUUGACUUGUAGGACUGAGUUAUCUGACAAAUCAUUUCACAGGUGAAGUAGUUCUUAACAUGCUUUCUGCAACGCUCCAUUUUCAGGACAAUGAUAAAAGAACAACACUUCCUCAGCUGUGUAAACAAGAAGCGUAUCAAAUUACUAUGGAACAUUUUACAGACAUUGGUGAUGUUUUCUGGUUGAUGAACAUUCAUGACAUGUUGUGUUAGUUGCUGAUCUCAAAACUGUUCGCUCGGGUGAUGCCAUACAACAUACUACUGAACAUUGCUCAUGUAAAGGUCAUGGAUAUUUUGUUGUUUUGAGUUUGCAGUGUUUGGAGAAGAUAUAAUAGGGACCCUGGACAUUAGAGUUUUUGACAUUUUUGGAUACGUUUACAGAGUUCUUUAAUACGAUUUUUCCACACAGCCAAUCAGCAGGUAGCGUGACAAAAAUGACUUGUUCUGCAUUAGUGAUUCUUCUCGAGGCUUUUCAUUAGUCUACUGUAGAGAUAUCAUUAUUCUUUAAAAGCUGAUAUCUACACAUUGGUGAAGUUUGGGGAAAUGGCUGGAAGGUUGUGAUUCUGAAAAAGAAGACGGAAAUGUUUCUUGUUUGUCUGGAGGCCGUUUGGAAAGGUUGGUUAUGAUAACGGUUGAGGUUUAGCAAAUGAAAGUAUGCAGAAGUGUGACACGUGUCCCUUCACAUGUAUUAAAACGUCUGGAGGGACUUCUGUGGUCGUUAGUUGGCUGAAACGGGCUCACUGACUGUUCAACAAUAAAGCCUGAAAGCAUUUGCCUUAAGACCUCAUGUUGCUGCUAAUCACAGUUGGUGGUCAUCUUUUCUCUUGUUCUGUUCCCAGAUCUGUUUAUCUCUGACCUUGUAUAUCAGAAGUGCUCGUGUAACAGGUGAUCGUGCCGCAGUUCUGUAGACAAUCAGUAUUUUAUGGACGCCACCUUCAAAAAGCACAACCGCGGUUUCAAAAGCAAUGUUCCGACAGAAUGUAUUUCCUUCUACAUUGUGCUGUGGAUAUUGUCAAUUUUCUACUUCAGCUUUGAUGGUUGGUUCACUCGCUUAAUUAAAGGGAUUCUUUUUGCUUUGUGUUCACCUCAUGAGGCCAGAGUGGGGGCCCCAACAUUUUCAAUUGUGUUUAUUUUCACCGCUACCAGAGAUUUAACGUUGGGUUUGACGACGAUAUAAGCUCACACAGUACCACAGUCUGUUUUUGACAAAGCAGCUUAAAGCUAAUUCUGAUGUUCUGAUGUAUUAAACAGUUGAUUAAGUGUUUAAUAAACAAACUGAUUCUA